AGAAAGCUCAGAAAAUAAACACACAAAGCUGUUCAUGGUUCCAAUGUCCUCACUGUGAUUUCCAUAUUAUGCAGGCAGCAAAAAGAAUUUUAAAGAAAAUCCACUCACCAAGGCAGUUGAGCUACUCACCCAAAAAAUGGAGAUCAAAGUUGCGUCCAUGGACGUUGAAGGAAAAGCAAAGCCUUGUACAGUUUAUUGCAUUAUUUCAUGAUGAAAUUCCGAAUGAAAAGGUGUGGCCCUCAUUUGGAUCAGCGUACACAUACUGGCAAAAAGCGUCUCAAUACAUACAUGAGUCUGCAAAGACUGAGUUAAGAUCAGGAACAGCAGUUCGUUUAGAAGUAUUCAGAAACCUGGCGCCAAAAUAUAAAACUUUAGGAGAAGCAGAAAACGACUUGGGACUUGGGGUGGAAGAGUAUCUAGAUGGUUCAGCUGAAGAGCAUUGCAGUCCACAAUCUAAAGCUGAACUGCAGGAUGUUUCUGAACUCUUGCUAGAGAAGUUCAAACUAAUGACACAAGAGCAAAUCAAAAAAGUGAUUCUGUUUGGACUUGGCUGUUUACAUAACAACAAUCUCCAAAGUCUGGUGUCCAUAGCAAUCAGCCAGCUGCAGAACUGUCAGCGUUUUUUGAAACAGUUAAUUUAUAAACUGUUUCAAAUGUUAGAUUCUGAUGCAGGAAAAGCAGUUGUUGAUGAGCUAUUUCUGAAAGUUGCAUCAACUGAUGGGAUUGACAGCAACCCAGGGAACUUUGCUAGCCUUUCCAUCAAGGCUAUGAAACGGCUGCAGGAGGAAAAGAAGAAUAAUCUUAUCUAUAAGUACAGCCAAGCAAUUGCGACAGACAGACCUGAUAGAAGGAGUCCCUUAAUGCCUUUGAACAGGAUGCCGUUUGGUAUGAUAGAGUACUGCAUCGAGUUCUUUACAUGUACCAAUGUGAUGCAGAUUAAAGAACCAAAUGACUACAAGUUGUGGCAUGAGACUAUGGCAACAGAGUUCCCUGGACGUUUCCAAAAGCUGUUUGCUGGGCCAAUGUGGAGUGGCCUAAACAAAUCAGAUGUUAGAGAUCCUCUUAAGGCUCGGACGAACAUUCCCUGCACUAGCAAGUCUACUCAACACAGAAUUGAUAAGAAAUCUCCAUUCCAUUCAACAACUGCAGUCCAGAUUGCUGCUUUAGACCAAUUAAAGAGUGCAAACCCAAAAGGUAGAUUUUGGAUCAAAAUAGAUGGAACAGAUGUUAAAACAGCCCUGAUGGAAUCUGUGAGGAAAGUUUGGAAUGGAGACGAAGAUCUCGGCGAUGGAGAGCUAAAAAAGCAAAGGGACGAAUAUGAGAAAAGAUUAGAGAAGUUGGGCGAAUUAAAGGACGCAAAGAACAAGGAGAUCCUGAUGAAAGACCUUACAGGAAUGAUUGCCACAGUGAAAGAGGAUGUUGCAUUCUUAAAUAAGGGGUUUGCUGAUGCAAUUGAAGUCUACCAGCACAAGUUCAACACACCGAACACUGCAGAAAAAGCUCUGAAGGAUGCUAACUGGAAUGUGGUCGAAUACCAGAAUCUAUUGCAAGAAGCUCAAAACCUACAAUCCAUCUACGAGGAAUCUGUAGUGACUCUCAGUUGUUCGACACAACCAACACAGCAGUUUAAAACCACCAGAGCAACCAUGAAAGACCAACAUGGUAAAGUGGAACUGUACCUUAGAAAUCUCUUUAAGAAAAAAAGAAUUGCAGCAGACCACGUAGAAGUAGUCAUGGUAUCCGAUGAAAAGAGGAACAAGAAACCAUAUGCUUUACCUGUAAAAUUUGUCCCAUGCAGAACACUGAAAGAUCAGUACCUACGAGAUUUGACAAGAGAUCUCAAACUAAGACUAACCCAGCGUGGCCUAGCUGUAGUUGGCACUACUACAGAUGGGGAGUACUGCACUCUGAGAACAAGGGGAGAGACUAGAGUGCACGACAGAGUGUCCAAAGGAUGA